AUGAACGAGCAAACCUUUAUCCCACCCUCCAUGCGCGCCCUGUACUACACCAUCCACCUCCCAAUACCCGCAACAGCCGAUGAGGAGCCCGGCGAAGCCCUCCUCACCGGUCCAGGUCGCCUAGUCAUGGACACAGGGUUCCCAACGCCCCAACCAUCAGCACAGCAGUACCUACUGAAGAUCCAAACGGCAGCAUUCUGUCACGACGAGCUACGACUCGCCAGAACGCUCAGUCCCACCACGACCACGCCGCAAAUCCCACUGCAUUCCCUGUGCGGGACAGUAAUUAGCACGCCCGCCGCAGACCACGAGCAGCAGUCCGGUCCGCGGUUCAAGAUCGGCGACGUCGUCUUCGGCCUGAUUAGCUACAUCCGUGAUGGCGGCGCGGCGGACUAUGCGCUCGCUGUCGAGGACGAGCUGGCAUUUAAGCCCCAGAAUAUCAGUGCCUCUGAAGCAGCCGCUGUGGCGUUGCCGGCGCUCACGGCGUGGCAGGCUCUCUUCCGAUAUGCGGGACUGAACCCCGACGCCACGGGGGAUGGGAUCAGUCAUGAUAAGAAGGGGAAUAGCAAUCACAGCAAUGGUGAUGGGAAAAAUGGUAAUGGUAAUGGACAUGGCCUUUUUAAGAAGGUCAGUGGCAAUGGCAAUGGGCAUGGCAAGAAAGUGCCACCGCUGCGGGUGCUGGUCACCAACGCGCGGGAUAACGAGGUCGGCCGGCUAGCGGUGCAGCUACUGCGGACGGACAAGCUAUUCCCCGUGCGGCCGUGGAUCUGCGUCAGCUGCACAGCGACAGAGGCAGACAUCGUGCAGCGCGAGUGGGAUGUCGACGAGGUGCUAGUGAUCCCGCACCUGCCUGCGCGCAACGAGUGCGAUCUGGCGGCGAUGUUCCGGCAGCGGCGCUGGGAGGCCGUUGAUGUUGUGCUGGACUGCGCCGGCGGAGAAGUGUACCGGCAGGCGCACGAGGCCGCCGUGGUGCGGAACUAUGGCGCCGUCUUGACGGCGGUGGACUCGCGCCCCGCGCAGCAGGCUGUUCCUCCGGAACGGGGGUUGCGUAGUAAGCUUGUAGCUGUUGCUCCGGAUGGCGUGGCGAUGAUGCGCAUUGGAGCAUUGAUUGAGGAAGGGAGAGUGCGUGGUGUGCCGGAGACGGUGGUGGAUUUGGUCAAUUCAGCGGACUUGUUGGCGUCUGGGGCGGCGGGCACGGCGGGCAGUCGACGGGGAGGCAUGAUGGUGGUGCGCGUCAAUUGA